AUUGAAUCACUUCCGGGUCUCAUUUCAAGGAGGUUUUAGUGUCAAGGAGCCCACGAGUGUAAUACACGCUUAUGUACGUAAGAUACUAAAUAAAGCGUCUUGUUUUUAUAAAUUGACGUGAUUAAGUAUGAGUGGACCGACAAAGAAAGCUUCAUCGGGACCAGCUGGAGUCUCCGAGUGGAUCAGCAAAGCUUGUCGUUUCGCCAUAGACAGAAAUGACUUCAGAAGGAAUCUUCUCGUCAACCUGGGUCUGUUUGCAGCAGGCGUUUGGGUGGCCAGAAACCUGUCAGAUUUUGACCUCAUGACCCCUCAGCCAUUAGCAUAGGUGGACAUGAGGGUGUGGAAUUCAUAAUGGAACAUUUUUUUGUAACAGAUGCUGACCAAACUAACCAUCUUAAAAGGAAACGGCCUGCCACACAGUGACCAAUGGCUUGAAGGGGUUGCCUCCAGUGAGAUCGUGUUGAAUUAAGGAUUUUUUUAAUAUCAAUAAAUGUGUUUAGGUUCUGCUGCUUUUCUUUGUUUUACUUGUACUUUUGGAAGAGGUAUGACAUCCUUGCUGUAAUAUUUAAAAUGGAUAAAGAUCCUUAAGGUAAAGAA